AUGGCUGUCGCUAGCGCUGUCUCCACCGCCGCGUUCGUCGUGAACAUCCUGUUCAUGAUUGCAUUGGUGCAGAGCGGGGGCGGGCUCUUCGCCGGCUGCAAGACGUUCGGCUUCUUCGACAUCUCGGAGGAUCAGUGCCAGUCAAUCUUGUCGACGUUUCUCGGCUCCAAGCCGAGCGCGGCCGCGAAGGAUCUGGUUUCGCUCGCGCUCGUCUUUCCGCGCGUCGAGGCGUGCCUGUUCCUCGGCAUGGGCUUGGGCUCCAUCUACGCCUUCAUCAUGGGUCUUGAGCGUGGCACGAAGGACGUGGCCGUGAUCCACUUCAUGCACAUGAUCUGGGCGAUUGCCGUCUGCGCAUGCCACUCGCAGAACGCAGGCCUCUUCGGCAUGACCCCCGAGAGGAAUGUGACGGGCGCAGACAAGCUCGUUCCCUUUGUUGUCCUGACGGGCGUCCAGGCUGUACUCUACACCGUGGCGUUCAUUCUCUCCUCCAACUCUGGCGCGGCCAAGUCCAAGAAGAGGAAUUAG